AUGGCGACUUCCAAUAUUUCUGGUCGGUAUUAUAGAGACCGUUCAAGUCUACAUUAUAAUCUGUCCUUUGCCGGUUGUGGGUUCUUAGGUGUUUAUCACGUGGGGGUUAUAUCAUGUAUUCGUCGUUUCGCCCCCCAACUUUAUUUAAAUCGACCCGUUUCUGGAGCUAGUUCUGGAGCAAUUGCUGCCGCUUUCUUAGUAUGCGACGUUGAUUUAAUGUCUUGUACGCGGUACUUAAUGGGAUUAAUAAAUAAAUCUCGAGAAUACCGCUUGGGUGCUUUUGACCCACGUUUUAAAAUUACCGAGUAUAUUCAGGAAGGACUAGAACGUCUUUUGCCUUCGGAUGCUCACAUUCUUUGCUCUGGUCGCCUGUUUAUCUCCAUUACGCGUCAAAGUUCGGGAGAAAACGUCGUUGUGAGUAACUUCAAAGAUCGGAACGAUUUGAUUCGAGCUAUAUUGUGCUCUUCUUUCAUUCCUGUGUUUGGAGGCUUUAUCGCUCCAACUUACCAAGGUGAUUAUUUUAUUGACGGGGCGAUGUCCGACAACUUGCCGGGCCUUGAUAAAAAUACAAUUACUGUGAGUCCUUUUUGCGGAGACGCUGACAUCUGCCCACGCGACGAUAUUUGGGAUCCAAGUGAACAGGCGACAGUCGCUGGACAUAUAUUUCUUUCGCAAACUAGUAUCAUUCUAAAUUGGAUGAAUUUUAAGCGUGCGAUUAAUAUUGUCGUGCCAAUGAGUUCCAGCGACCUGGCCCGACUGGCUUCCACCGGUUACGAUGAUGCUUUGAGAGAAUGUUUUAUUUUUGUAGGAUUCAUUUCUUGUUUUAUUCAUCGUAAGCCUCGUGCUUUUAAUGGCGCUCUCCACAGUCCGAGUUCUUCUGCUUUAACGGAUUUGCAUCGAAAAGGAAAAAGGUCCUUAUCCAGACAAAACGUUGAUUCAGUCGUUAGUGAACAGCCUGCCUCCCUCCCAAUUCCCACCAUCGUUAAAAGCCCGUCUCGAAAUUUGCUCUGCGAGCUCACGAAUCCAUUGGAAGCAAAUUUCUACAAGACUUCCUUUGGUAGCCGUUCUCUUGCCGUUCCUGGUUGCGCCGCCUGUCGCGGUGCUGUGCUCAAUUCUUACGUAUCCAACUUGCCUUUGGCUCUCUACACAAUAAUUUCGGGUUUUGAUGAAAAUGCUGCAAAAACGGAAUGUGUAUCAGAUGAAAGUAAAAACAAGUUGUGGUCAUGGUGGUUGUUUUCACGGUCUCUGACCCUUAUGCCCCAGUGGCUGUCUCCAACUUCCGCGAUCCACCUGGUUUUGUCCCAGGCGCUGAAGUUACUCGUGGCAUCAACAACUCUGCAGUUAUCAGCUGUCAGGUCUCUGAUUUUUCUAUGCAGCAGCUUAAUUCGGCGAUUUCCAACCACCUCCAACGUGUCCGUUGAGUUAGUGACUAAACUCAAUUCCUUUGACGACAUGCUGACGGGGUUACUUGAAAAGGGCACAGCGCACACAGAGAAACUAGCCGACCUUCUUUGCUCAAAUGAGAGUCUCGACAGGACCUUCAGCUAUCUCUCACAAACCAUUCGGUCCGAUCUGCUGACCGCCGUCCCUAUGUUAUCUCCGACUGUCGCCCAAUCCCCACUCUUGAGGCAAACUCGUAGCCUCCUGUGUUUCCAGCAGUUCGCCUUUUUCUCUGAUUCUGAAGUCUUUGAAAACCAAUUUUGA